AUGCCGCGGGGCCGGCGGGGCGGCGGGGCCGGGCAGCAGCCGGUGCUCAGCAGGUUCUUCGGGCCGGCGGCGAGCGGCGGCGAGCGCGGCCCCCGGAGCACGGCUUCUGAGUUUGGCACCAAGAGGAGCACAUCCACUGAAAGCAAUGAGCCCUGUGAAAAGAAGGCCAAGGCACGACAGAUUACUCUGGAAGAGAUCUGCAACCCACUGAGGACUCAUGAGAAAAAACCUCAGAAGUGUGGGAAGCCCCGUGUCUGUUUGCAAACUCUGGACAGGCUGAGAGAGUUCUGCAGCGAUUCAAACCAGCAGUGUGCCAGAGCCCGGGAGGAUGGCUUUCAGGGGAAAGAACCUCUGAGUUUGGAAAAAUGUCCCAGUCUUACUGGGAAGAGCUCAGAGCUGAAAAACCCAUCUUGGGACACCAGCCCGAAGGUCACACAGAAGGAGGAGUCACCCUGUAAUCUCAGUCAGUUUUCUGCAUCUCUCAAGUCCUACGAAAAUUCUCAGAAUUCUUCAGAUACAAAUCUUAAUAGAAGAACCAGAAGCAUUUACACUCCACUAGAGCUCCAGUUCAUAGAAAUGAAAAAAAAGUACAAAGAUGCUGUUUUGUGUGUGGAAUGUGGAUACAAAUACCGGUUCUUUGGGCAAGAUGCAGAGAUUGCAGCCAAAGAGCUGAACAUUUACUGUCACCUGGACCACAACUUCAUGACUGCCAGCAUCCCCAGCCACCGGCUCUUCGUCCACGUGCGCCGCCUCGUCGCCAAGGGACACAAGGUUGGAGUAAUAAAACAAAUGGAAACUGCAGCACUGAAAGCUGCUGGGGAAAAUAAAAGCUCUCUCUUCAGCCGUAAGCUGACUGCCCUCUACACUAAGUCUACACUUAUUGGAGAAGAUGUGAACCCCUUGUUGAAGCUGGACGAUUCUGUGGAUGUUGAGGAGGUAACAGCAGAUGUGCCUGAUAACUACCUGCUCUGCAUCUGUGAGAAUGGAGACAGCCUCAAAGGCAGGAAGAAAGGUGACACUGUUACAGGCAUUGUGGCCAUCCAGCCAACCACAGGAGAAGUAAUUUUUGACAGUUUUCGGGACGGCGCUUCCCGCUCGGAGCUGGAGAGCCGGGUUCUGCGCCUGCAGCCAGUUGAAAUAAUUCUUCCAUCCAGGCUGUCAGAUCAAUCUGAAAAGCUCAUCCACAGUAUAACCUCCAUGAGGUUACAGGAUGACAGAAUUAGGAUAGAAAGGAUGGAAAGCCUCAAUUUUGAGUACAACCACGCUUUCCAGAGGGUUACUGACUUCUACACAAAGGAGGUGCCUGGUGCUGCAGGUCCUCAAAACCUAUCUGUAGUGCUAAGCUUGGAUAAGCCUGUUAUUUGCUCUCUGGCAGCAGUAAUUGCCUAUCUCAAAGAAUUUAAUUUGGAAAAGAUGCUUUAUAAUCCAAGCAAUUUCAAACAGUUGUCCAGUGAAACUGAACACAUGACAAUUAAUGGGACAACAAUGAAAAACCUUGAAAUUCUGCAGAAUCAGACUGACAUGAAAACAAAAGGGAGCCUGCUCUGGGUCUUGGAUCACACAAAGACCUCGUUUGGGCGUCGGAGGUUGAAGAAAUGGGUGACCCAGCCCCUGCUGAAAAUCAGUGAAAUAAAUGCCCGGCUUGAUGCUGUGUCUGAGAUUCUCCUGUCAGAAUCCAGCGUGUUUGGCCAGAUCCAAAACCUUCUUUGUAAGCUGCCAGACUUGGAGAGAGGCCUCUGCAGUGUUUUCCACAAGAAGUGCUCCACCCAGGAAUUCUUCUUGAUAGUCAGCACCCUGUCUCGCCUGGACCUGGAAAUCCAAGCUCUGGUCCCAGUCAUCCAUUCUCACGUGAGAUCUCCUCUGUUAAAAAAUGCACUGUUGGAAAUCCCAGACCUUCUCUCUCCAGUGAAACAGUAUUUGAAGGUCCUUAAUGAAGAAGCAGCCAAGGCUGGAGAUAAAACACAGCUGUUCAAGGACCUCACAGACUUCCCUGCCAUCCGAAAGAAGAAGGAGGAGAUCCAGGACGUGCUUUCUAAAAUCCAAUUGCAUCUGCCGGAUAUUCGCAAACAGAUCAAGAACCCUUCUGCAGAGUAUGUUACAGUGUCAGGUCAAGAGUUUUUGAUAGAAGUCAAGAAUUCCCAUAAAUCAUGUGUGCCAUCUGACUGGGUGAUGGUUAGUAGCACCAAAGCUGUCAGCCGCUUCCACUCGCCGUUCGUCACCGACUCCUACCGCGUCCUGCAGCAGCUCCGCGAGCAGCUCGCCCUCCACUGCAGUGCAGAGUGGCUCAGCUUCCUGGACCAUUUCAGUGAACAUUAUCACCCCGUGUCUAAAGCCAUUUGUCACCUAGCAACUGUGGACUGCCUGUUCUCAUUGGCCCAGGUGGCCAAACAAGGAGAGUACUGCAGACCGGCUGUGCGCGACAACCGCGAAAUCGUCAUCAGGAACGGGAGGCACCCUGUGAUCGACGUGCUGCUGGGGGAGCAGGACCAGUAUGUCCCAAACACCACCAGCCUCUCAGGAGAUGGUGAGAGGGUGAUGAUAAUAACUGGGCCCAACAUGGGAGGGAAGAGCUCCUACAUCAAGCAGGUGGCACUGAUCACAGUCAUGGCACAGAUUGGCUCGUUUGUUCCUGCAGAAGAGGCCACAAUUGGAGUUGUGGACGGAAUUUUCACCAGAAUGGGCGCCGCGGACAACAUCUACCAAGGGCGGAGCACCUUCAUGGAGGAGCUGACCGACACGGCCGAGAUCAUCAGGAAAGCCACCCCCAGGUCCCUGGUGAUCCUGGACGAGCUGGGCCGAGGCACCAGCACCCACGACGGCAUUGCCAUCGCUCACGCCACCCUGGAGCACUUUAUCAGAGAUGUGCAGGCGCUGACGCUGUUCGUCACCCACUACCCAUCCGUGUGCGAGCUGCAGCGGCUGUACCCCCGCGCCGUGGGCAACUACCACAUGGCCUUCCUGCUCAACGAGGACGACUCCAGCCAGCAUGCAGGAUCUGAAGUGGAAGAGAAUCCUGAAUUUAUCACUUUUCUUUAUCAAAUAACCAAAGGAGUCUCUGCAAGGAGUUAUGGGCUAAAUGUUGCCAAACUGGCAGAUAUUCCUGAAGAAAUCUUGAAGAGAGCAGCUCACAAAUCAAAGGAAUUGGAGAGAAUAGUGAACAUGAAAAGAAAAAAAAUGAAGUCCUUUGCUGAAGCAUGGAAGAUAAAUGAUUCUCAGGAACUACAGAAAUGGAAAAAUAUGUGUGAACCUGAGGAUGAAAGGAAGGAUGGUUUUUAAUCCUCAAAUCAUGGUUAGGGAUGGAAGAUACUGGAGCUGCAAAUACAUGUCUGGAGAGUAAUGGAUUCUAUCAGGGUGCAGUUCCAGGUGCACUGAGUUGCCUUUUCUGCUUUCUGAGAGAUCACAGAUGAUGCAUCAUGUGAAAUUUUCUCUCUCCACUUCCUUUUCACCCUUUUCCUUAUUUGCAAACUGUCUAUGGGGAUCGAAUCCAAUUUGUUUUAAAAACCAUGAAAAAGUAUUGAUAAAUUAUAAGGUAAAAUUUUUUAAAAAAAUAAAAUAAUGUGUUUCACCUUUAUUGCACUUUGAUUUCUGAAGAUUUGAUUUCUGUGUCUGUUGGGAAAACGUAGCUGAGUCUCAACUCUGUCACACAGCCAGCAGCUGCUAACAGUGGAUACUAUAAAGAGACUUUUUACCUUGUUCCAAUGUGAAUGCAUGAAAAAUCCACUGAUUUUUUUAGAGCACCUUUCUUCCUGAUCUUUCCCCUGUCUAGCAAGGUUGGGAGAAAGAGUUAAUCCCAAAAAUAAUGUUGGGGUAUUGUAAGGGUGAGUGAAAAGGGCGAUUCAGGGAGUGCAGCUGCACCCUCAGUGCUCUGUCAAAUGCAAAGUGAAGCUGAAAAAUUCGGAAGGGAUUCUGAGUUUUUAAAUUUACAGUUACCACUGUCACAUGGAAGGUGUGUGUUUAUCUAAGCCAGGCUUAGGAGGGACAGGGCUGGGUGCAGUCCCUGCCUCUGUGUUUGGUUAUUUUAAAAAGUUACUGUGGAAUGUGCAAAACAAAAUACAUUACCAGGAGCAAUUACCUCUGUUGCUGCCAGACAACAUCUUUCACCCAGGGAAUUCUCCAGAGGAUUCUUGUGUUGCAUAGUUUUCCUGAGGUAUUUAUAGAAGUGACAUGAAUUUGCUAACACAGAAGUUUGCAAGGUGUAUAAAUCAAUUCAGGGAUCACUGAAAUGUCAGCUGAGUCAGUUAUAACAAAAAGUGUGUUUUCUGCAAUGAAAUUAAUGUUUGGUAUUGAUAGGAAUCUGAAA